AUGCGAUCAUGCGGCCUUGGUUUGGCCAUUCGCCGCUCACCCACAUUCCAACACCAGUCGACGCACGCUGCAACGGCAAGGGAUCCCGUAGCGUCGACCUCAGCCUCGUCGGCCUCAAUCUCGGCUACGACCGCUUACUCUCCGGCACCUUCCCCGAAGGCCAGUUAUAGCUUGAUUCUACAAGAACUGGCCCGAUGGGUAGAGCCCUCUCCGACGACCUUGAACUCAAAGGCGGCCGAAACACUGGGCACCGACCUUCCACGACGGUCACUCAUCGUGUCCUUCAUCGCCCUGGCUUUCACAGCCGUGCUCGAAGUACCCAAGCCGGACCAAGCCGUCGUCGAUUCUCUGCUCGAUACCCAAAUCCAACCUCCGAAUCGGCCUCGACCUCGCCCCAAUCCGGGCAUCACCCCGCCCAACUCCGUAGAGUUGCAAGCUGAUCCGUCCUCCGACCCGUUGACGCCUGUCACUCACAUCUUCUCGUCCCCUCCUGCAUCGACGGAUUGGAGUCCUACAAGCUCUCCGCUCUCCGGCUCGCGCCUCCCGUCGAAAUUGAUCAACAUAGUUCAAGAUCGCGGGUUCGUGAUCAAGGCCAGCUUGUCGAACGCGCACUGGUCUAUGAUGGUGCGUCACGCGCUCUGCCAUGCUGCUCCUGUCCUAGCCCUUGUAGCCCAGCUCACCAGAAAGGAUCGUUUACUUCAUGCUCUUGCGCAGUCGUACACGGGCACGAGCCGCGUGGACCUGGUCGAGAUCGGCUUUGAUAUCGUCUCUUCGGUUCCUUUCGACUCGCCCCUUCCGUCCCGUCCGUCGACUCGCCCCUCCCCCGCGAGCGAUUUUAUCCGGGGCCUCCAUUUGUCCGAUGCUGUUUUGCGAUGGCUGUCCGAAAACCACCGGGAAAAGCCACCCUCCGGCAGUACUUCCCGUCCCGACCUCCUUCUCCAGACGAAGAUCCGCAGUGGGCUCGAAUCGAUCCAAGACUUCCAGGGGGAUUCGAUCGUCCUCGAGCUCUUCCCGGGGGUUUUCGGACAGCCAUCGCAAAACAAGGACGAUCGAAUCCCCCUGGAAGUCUUGGAUCGAUUCGAGCCCACUGCGGAUCUUCGUCUGGAGAAGGAGGUCGGGACGGGAAGUACUGCCGGAGGGUGGCUUGCGAACGUGGUGCGCGUCAACCGACCUUUGUGCUCAUCGGCCAAAGCCGAGGUACCCCUGGUUGAUCACCCUGCUCCGAACACGAGGUACUUUCUCAAGCUCGUGACCGGUCAUUACGUCGGCUCGGUCAUCCGCGAGACGCUAUUCUACCAGCAUGUCUUCCCCUACCUUCCCGACUAUCUCCGACAAUAUCUGCCGCAAUAUCACGGCACGUACCGAAGGACCAAUGGCAACGGCUACGCCAUGGUACUUGAGAAUGUGGGGACGACGAUGAACGAGCUCGAGUUUUACGAAUCGCCCGGCCAAUUGUGGUGAGUUCCUGCAGGGCGGCGCACUGAUCCAGCCAUGUGCAAGCCGGUCAAGAGGCUGCGCGGAUUCCUAACCCUCUGAUUCUUCUUCCUCGUUCUCUUGGAUGUGCAGGGAGAUUGAGGCGGCUUUUAGGGAACUUGGCAUCAUCCACAAUGAUGUCAGCGCCGGCAACGUACUGGUUCGACCCAACAAUGGUCGUCUUUGCUUCGUUGAUUGGGGACGAUCGUAUCUCAAACUCCGAGGGUGA